AUGGCUACCCAGGCCUCAUGUCCGUUGAUAAAGAAUAUUCUUCUUCUCGAUUCAGAGGGAAAGCGUGUGGCAGUCAGGUAUUUUUCUGAUGACUGGCCAACUAACAGCUCAAAGAUUGCUUUUGAGAAGUUUGUGUUCAGUAAGACAGUUAAGACAAAUGCUCGAACAGAAGCUGAGAUCACAUUACUCGACAGCAAUGUCAUUAUUUACAAAUUUGUACAAGAUCUCCAUUUCUUUGUCACUGGCGGGGAUGAUGAAAAUGAGAUCAUUUUAGCUUCAGUUCUUCAGGGUUUCUUUGAUGCAAUCACGCUUCUCUUAAGGAACAAUGUUGACAAAAGAGAGGCGCUUGAAAACUUGGAUCUUAUACUUUUAUGCCUUGAUGAGAUUGUGGAUGGAGGGAUGAUACUAGAAACAAAUGGACCGCUUAUUGCUGAAAAAGUGACCUCCCAUAGCAUGGAUGCCGAAUCCCCCCUGACUGAGCAGACACUGAGUCAAGCCUGGACUACAGCAAGAGAACAUUUGACAAGAACCCUUCUAAAAUGAUUUUUGCAUGCGCUGGAGUUUCUUUUAUGUUCAUUCUAGACUUUUUAGUAUCUAGACAGUUAACGUACUAAACUCUGAUUUUUUUU